AUGGUAGAACGUCUACAUCGUCAUUUGAAGGAUGCGAUCCGCUGUCAUGAAAACAGCUCGUGGGUAGACAUGCUACCUAUUGUGUUACUCGGAAUUCGUGCCGCUUGGAAGGAGGAUCUUGGUGCCACUCCAGCCGAUCUCGUAUAUGGAGAACCGAUUCGUUUACCAGGCGAAUUCCUCGCACCUUCACCACGACAUUCAUUGCCGCCGUCUAAUGUUGCUGAAAGCUUAAGGAAAUACUUCGAAGAGCUCGCACCGCAACCCGUAGCCCGACAUGGUCAAAAGAAAACAUUCAUCUUUAAAGAACUAGCGACUUGUUCUCAUGUUUUUGUUCGUCGUGACGCUCCACAUCACUCAUUUACUUCUCCGUACGAAGGACCGCAUCGAGUGAUUUCAAGGCAUGAUAAAUAUUUCAUCGUAGACGUCAGAGGCGAAAAUACUACUAUUUCAAUCGACCGACUUAAGCCGGUAUAUUUACUUCCCGACGAUACUGAACAGAACAACUAUAACGACAACAACACAACGUUCAUUUCAUCAAAUUCACCAGAGUCAUCCGAACCUGGGACAUCACGACUUUCAUCGUCAUAUCGUCCAGACACCGACUUAAGCUUUUCUUCGCCGUCUCCUAAAAGACGAGUCAAAUUUCGCUAA